AAAAAUCCCUGAGCAUCACGGGGGUUCAAACACACAACCUCAGGUCUUCUGACCCGUCACAUAUCCCUCUGCGCCAUCUGUCCUGAGUCAACAUUGUUUUCGUAGAGCUCACUUCAUUCAGGACAUCACCCUGGGAUCAAUACUGCUGAACAAAGGUUAGCAGGUCUUGAGUGAAAGAAGCGUGACAGAGAAGGGGAGGGAGUUCAUUUGAAAGGUUAUUGAGGGUAAAAGGAGGCGCAUCGGGCUGCUAGAAAAAAAUCUGGAUAUAUUUAGAAGUCAGAAAAUGAAAGACAGGUUUUAAGUUUCGGAGAUGAAGUCCUACGUGCUUCUGUUGGCGCUGCUGCAGGCUGUGCGAUGCUCAGGAGUCCCUCUGUAUGACUCUGAGCUGGGGGCCAUGGCAGACAGGGGGCUCACAGUAGCUCUAGCCAGGGUCAACUCUGUGUACGCCGUCAGCCAUCUUUACCGGGCGACUCGAGGCUCCGUCACAAAGGUGAUUCCCAUGGGCCUGAACACCGUAGACCUGCAGAUGGUGUUUGCCAUUAAAGAGACGGAGUGUGUGAAGGCCUCAAGACAAGACCCCCAGACAUGUGCCUUCAGACCCGGGUUCUUUGCGCCGACCUUCUCCUGCUCCAGUCGGCUUCGAGUGUCGGCCGACUCCACCCAGGUGGUGUCUCUCAAAUGUGGCCGUGGCUCUUCCUCCAGCUCCAGCUCCAGCUCUGAGUCCAGUGAGGAGAUGUUCUCAAGAGGGAGACAACAGUUCAACGUCCCAUUUGCAAAUCAAGUCCCAUCUCCUCCACCCGUCCUGCCUACUCACUCCCUCCAAAAACAGGUGGUGGACGUCCAGCCUCGAGGCGACACGUUCGCCAACUACCUGGUGUGAGACUUCAGCUCACUCUGGAAACACUUAAGUGCUGUUCAGAAGACAAACUGGAAGUAAAAACUGAAUUUGCACACGGA